CCUGCCGCACCGAUACAGCCGGGGGAUGAGAUACCUGCCUCAGAGGAUGAGCAGAGGAGGUUGGAGAGGUUUAAGAAAUAUGACCCUCCGCUUCGGGGAGCUGCAUAUGAUUGGUGGCGUACAUUUGAGCUGUCCAGUCCGGAUCAGGCUGCAUCCUUGACUUGGGCACAGUUUUCUGCUAUGUUUGAGAAAGAGUUCGUUCCUCAGAGUCUCAGAGAUGCUUGGCGUGCGGAGUUUGAGCACUUACGUCAGGGUACUAUGUCAGUUUCUGAGUAUGCUAUCCGCUAUACCAGGUUGGCGAGGCAUGCACCUGCUUUGGUUGCCACAGUUCGAGAGAGGGUUCGCAGGUUUAUAGAGGGCCUUAUCCCUCCUAUCAGGUCCAGCAUGGCCCGAGAGCUUGAGAUAGAUAUUCCGUAUCAGCAGGUGGUGAACAUUGCUCGGAGGAUUGAGGGUCUACACGCCAGAGACCGGGAGGAGAGGGAGGCUAUGAGAGUCGGGUCGCUAUUCUGGCACCCGGACUCCAGCAGCAGUGGCACUUCAGCUCCUCCCAGACCUCAGGAGCCCUAUUAUGCACCUCCAGUUUCUAGCGCGCCCCCUGCACGGGGUGCUCACAGAGGACAGUCUAGCAGGGGAGGGCCCAGUCAGUCUCAGCCGCCACGCCCUCCCAGAGCUUGCUAUGAGUGUGGUGAUUUGCGCCAUAUGGUUAGGGAUUGUCCCAGAUUGGGUAGAGGUGUAUCUUCUCAGACCCCACAGCCUCAGCAUGCUCCUCAGAGUUCCCAGGCCAUGGUUCCGGCUCCAGCUGCUACCCCACCUGCCCAACCGGCUAGAGGCGGGGGUAGCGGAGGAUUAUCUCGAUGUGUUCCCAGCUGA